CGUAUCAAACAGCGGGGGCAAAGCUUCAGUUACUGCAUUAGGUAUAGCUACGCCGCUGUCAAAGUCACAGAAGCUCUACUAAGGGGGAAAAGGGAUGCCAAGGAGAACUGUUGUUGAAGCCGCUUAAAAUUGGCCAAACAUAGCAGACUGGUUUCUGGUGCAAAGCACAAGCAGCUUAAACAAGAUUCAAGAGCGUUGAAUGAAACUGACAGAAGGCCUUGACAUGGAGUUCACAGGUUUGCAUUCAACCUUUCUACCCAGACAGCCCAGCCUCUUUGAUUCACCUGCUGAGUGGUAUCAAAAAGCCAGGCAGAGCGUUCAGCAGUUUACAGUGAGUCAGCUUGGUUUGUCAAUAUUUUCCAAUGAAAAAUCCAACAAGUAUGUGGCACAUUCGUAUAACUUUUUUCUCUUUCCCACAACAUUUGGUCAGAUGGAUUCUGAAGUCUGUUUCCAAACAUCUAGCAUUCAGUUCCUGUCUCACUAUGGUUUUGACUACAACAAGUUUCUUAAAGAUGGGAUCCCAUACAUGAAUGAAGCACAAGAGGAGAAACUUCAGCAACAACUUUUACCUGGGAGUUGGAUGAUCAGCAGUGGCUUUGAAAGGAACAAGCUGAAAAGAAUGAUUGAUGAAGUAACUUGCUGGGUGUCAUUGGCAGAGGAGAAAGACUCUAUGGUUCUGCAUGAUAUAUAUGGCUUCCAGAUGUUUGAAAUACAGCUGAUUCUAAGACAAGCUUUCCAAGACAUUUGGACAGUCCCUUUGGGAGAUCAGGAAGUUAUGGUGAAGAAGAUGAGUCCACGGCAUCGCUGGCUGCUGGAAAAUACUUGUUAUGACUCUUGUCAGAGAGAGCAAAUUCUUUUCUCUGCAAGGGGUUUCACCAACCUUUUCCAGAUACUAGUUAAAGCAAAGAAGCCCCUGGUAGGACACAAUAUGCUGAUGGAUCUUCUGCAUCUGCAUGAGAAGUUUUACAACCCACUUCCUGAAAAGUAUGAGGAGUUCAAAAAGAACAUACAUGCCCUGUUUCCUGUCAUCAUGGACACAAAGAACAUAGCAAAGGCCAUCUGGAAGGAGUUUCAGUUUCCUCGAGCUGGUAAUCUUUUGGAGGUUUAUGAAGUGCUGUGCAGUGACAUGAAUCCCACCAGCCAGCCUUGUCCAGAGAUCUUUCAUGCAAACGACUCCCUCAGAUACGCUACAAAGAAGUCUCCCCACGAGGCGGCCUAUGAUGCGUUUCUCUGCGGAUCAGUUCUUCUGAAAAUAGCCCAUUUGCUUCUUGACAGAAUUUCUUGUGAUCCAAGAAGGACUACCCCUUCUUUUUCUGAGUACCUUGAUGUAUUGGCUGCAUAUGUGAAUCAGGUGAACCUUAUCAGAGCUGGUGUUCAGAAAAUAAAUUUUUAUGGUAUGGAUGGCCCUACAAAAUGUCCACCCCUUCUGAUUGUUAAUGUGCGAGGAUGGACUGGGGUGAAUGAAGAGCAGAUCUAUCGGGAGUUAAAAAUCUUCUGCAGGUUUGAUGUGCGACGGCUAAGGAUGAACCAGUUUCUCUUACUCUCCAAUAAUUUUAAAGAUGUCAGGACGGUUUUGAGAGAAUGCAAAGCUCAUCCCAACCUGCAGAUUUCUCUGUACCACCGCUGGAGGCAUUCUCCACAAGUGAAUUUCUUUCUUCAAAUUUGUGGUAUUGUGGCCUCUUGGUCUCUGCUGGCUUUCUUCCUUGGGGGCUCUUCCAACUGUGCUUUGUAAGCGAUCAUCUGUUGGAAGCACCUUUUCUGCUGUGUGCCCUCUUCUCUUUGUCAUCUUCACUGUAAGCAGUACUCACCGUAUAUUAAAAUACUUGCAAUUUC